AUGGGUGGAGGUUAUGUUGUUGGGUGGCUUCCUGUGGUGAAGGAAGACAAGCAACACUCUGGCAAGUCAGCAUGGGCUAAUUUCAAGGCCACAGUAUGGCACAAGUCAUUUGGAAGGAUACUCUCUUUGCUAGCAGAAAGAUUGAGAGCAGGACAAUGGUUGGAGUGCUUAGAUGCUGUUCAGUGCUGGUUUUUUCCAUUGAUACUCAUUUUAUCAUCUGAUUUUGAGGAACAGUGA